UUGUCACAGCCACCCACCAUGCAAGCCGCAACACGCUUCGGCCGCACGGUCAAGUUCCCCCGACUCCCACCAACAAUGCAUAUCGUUCCCGUCCCCGUUCGCGACGACAACUAUGCCUAUCUACUCAUUGAUGAGCCCUCGAAGAAGGCCGCUGCAGUUGACCCCUACGAUGUGGCCAAAGUUGUCUCUGCUGCUGAGAAACUAGGUGUUGAACUCGUUGCGGGUAUUACGACACAUCAUCACUAUGACCACAGCGGGGGCAACGAGAAAUUCGCUUCAACAUUUCCCGGUAUCACAAUCUAUGGCGGAAGCGACAAAACACCUGCGUUAACCCAACUUGUCAAGGACAAAGACGAAUUCACGAUUGGCGAAAACAUUCAUGUCAAAUGUCUAGCCACCCCAUGCCACACUCAGGACUCUAUAUGUUUUCAUGUCACUGAUCCCACUAACAACAACCACCCUGGAGGAGUGUUUACCGGUGAUACACUCUUUAUUGGCGGUUGUGGUCGAUUCUUCGAGGGUACAGCGCCAGAAAUGGUCUCUGCCUUGAAUUAUUUGGCCACCUUGCCAUCCUCGACAGUCGUUCUCAAUGGACACGAGUACACAGCCGGGAAUCUUGCAUUUGCAAAGUCUAUCGAGCCGGAAAGUGAAGGCGUCAAGAGACUUGAAGAGUUGGUGGCAAAUAACAAAAUUACUACUGGCUUGACUACCAUUGGAGAUGAGAAGGAAUGGAACGUAUUCAUGCGACUUGGGAAUUCUGCCGUAAGGGCUUCGGCCAAGGUCUCCUCCGAUACACCUGAGAGCAAGGUCAUGGAAGCACUGAGAGAACUUAAAAACAACUUUAGAGGAUGACAGGUUGCCGCGUCUUUGAUUUCUGGAUAUUUUGAUAACCUCUUGUGUAAUGCUUGGUUCUAUUGUUGUAAGUACACGAAUUUCAAUUUGUUCAUUGGUCGUGAUUCGGAC